ACUCAGAUACUGAUAAAUCUUAUGAAUCGAUAUCUGAUGAAGAUAGCAACACAUACCCUACAUUACCACUUUCUGGCAAGAGACACGAUAAUGAUCGCUCUCCAAUGGAAAGUCAAAAUAUUACUAAUCAUAACUUCAAGCAAACUACAGAUAGCGUUCACGUAAAUGCUGAAUUUUCAGAAUUCAGAAAACAACUUCUUAAAGAAGUUCAUCUGAUUAAUCUUAAAUUAAAUGAUCUUAUGGAUAACGUGAAUAUACUUGUAAAAAAAGCCCGAUAUGCUGAUGAGCCAGAACUAAAUGAUGACACUAAUACGGCUGUUAUGACUUUAAUACAAUCGUUUCCAGUCGUUACAGAGCAGGAAUUAAUGUCGAUGGAAGAAUGGCUAUCGAGUUCAGCUGAUAACAUACAUGCACUGAGUCAUCAACUGCGUUUAAUUGGAGGCACAGAUCUUCCCCAUGUAAUCAAAGCCAUUAUGUCGAGAGCAAUUUCAAAUGAAGUUGGAAUGCUAUAUUCCUGGGAGGGAGCUCGGCAAAAAAAAGCUUUUAAAUCGCUAAAGUUCGUCCAAGUGAUCAUUGGUGUUGUUCGACUGAACUCCAAGACAAAAUCUGCAACAGAAUCGGAUAUCAUAGAAGUAAUAAAAAAUUGGCUAGUUAGAAGUAAAGAACGCAGUAACAAGUUUCAAUCAAAAAAGAAAACGGAAAACACUGUGUGUCAAACAGAUUCCGUUUGUGAAACAGGCUCUGCUUGUGAAACAGGCUCCGUUUGUGAAACAGGCUCCGUUUCUGAGAAAGACCUUAUUCAAGAUUAAGAUAAUUAUAUGUAUAAC